CCUACCUGCUUGAUCAAAGUUUCAGAAGGAAGACCAAAUCAAGAGAACAAAAUCAACCAAAAUCUUAAAUUAAAAUUUUUGUUUCAAGAUUAAGAAAACUAUCAUCCCUAACCAAAAAAAAAAAAAAAGGGUUUUUCUCCUCUUGCUACACCCCCCAAGCCACUUCUCCCUCUCUCUCUUUUACACAACCACAGCCCGUUGAUCUCUCACACAGCCAGCCCUCCACCUUCCCAAGGGAGAAUCUCUAUUCGGGUGCACUUGGUGAGCUAAAGAACCGCCAAGAGAAUGAGAGAGAUGGGCCUCUCAAAGCCAUUGUUCUAUCUUUUCUGUCCUGCUUAACGCCACUGGAGGUGGUUGGAAAUGGCAUGUGGGUGUCCAUCAUCGACGUGAAAAUGGGUGCCUCAUGAGAACAGACUUUUCAUGGGUAUCUGUCUCUACAUAUUUGUGACGAAGAAAUGCAAAAAGCAAUAGUCAAUCCAUCUCUACGCUCUACUUCAAUUUUCUUUUUGAAGAUAAGAAUUAAGAAAUCAACAAGUGUUUGUCAAUAAUCGUUUAGGCAAAGCAGAAAAUCUUGAAAGCAACCUUCCAAACCAUUCUUAAGGUUCUCAAGGCCAACUGCUUCAACGAGACAGAAAAUGAUUGUCUUGAUAGUGAAAAAAGAGGGGAUAAGUAUUGAGGGGCAAAAAUGUAGAAACAAAUCAUUUGUCCAACUGGGCACAUUUUUUCCACUUAAACCAUUAUAGGAAAAUGACAAGUUUCUGUAAUAAUGGAGAUGUUAAAGCUACCCUUCCUAAAUAUCUCAAAAGUCAAUCCCCCUAUAGCUUCACUGAGUGUCAUAGAAGAGGAGAAGAGGAGAGAGCAUGGAGCAGAAACAGAACAUGGAACAAUUCAAGGGCCAAACAGGAUUACCAAAAUUUGCCGUCCCUCAACGUUAUGAUCUUCACCUCAAACCAGACCUCUCUCUGUGCAGUUUUUCUGGUACCAUCAAUAUUAACCUUAGCAUCACUGAGCCCACUAGAUUUAUUGUAUUAAAUGCCUUGGAGCUCAAUAUCCAUGAAGUCUUGUUCACCAACUCUCACAACCAAAAAUAUUAUCCAAAUGAUUUUAUUUUGGAUUGCGAUGAUGAGAUACUUGUGUUGGUCUUCCAUGAAAUUCUUGAUGUUGGUGAUGGAGUGCUGGAGAUCAAGUUUUCUGGGAUGCUUAAUGAGCACUUGAGGGGCUUCUAUAAAUGUACUUAUGUGGAUGGUGAAGAGAAAAAGAAUAUGGCAGUUACUCAGUUUGAAGCAGUGGAUGCAAGGAGGUGUUUUCCAUGCUGGGAUGAACCUGCUCUUAAGGCAACCUUCAAAAUAACAAUAGAUGUGCCACUAGAGUUGACAGCAUUGUCCAAUAUGCCAAUUAUUGAUGAAAAGCAUGAUGGGAAUGUUAAGACUGUUUAUUUUGAGGAAUCUCCUCUAAUGUCAACUUAUUUGGUGGCUGUUGUCAUAGGUUUAUUUGAUCAUAUUGAAGAUACAACAUCUGAUGGAGUUAAAGUUCGUGUAUACUGUCCUGUGGGUAAGAGUGAUAAAGGGAAAUAUGCUUUAAGCAUUGCUGUUAAGGCACUUGACCUAUAUACUGAGUACUUCUCAAUGCCUUACCCACUUCCUAAACUGGAUAUGGUUGCUGUCCCUGAAUUUGCUGGUGGAGCUAUGGAGAACUAUGGUCUAAUAAUAUACCGUGAAAUUGAUUUACUCCAUGAUGAUUUGCAGUCUACAGCAUAUAGAAAGCAGAGACUGACAAUUGUUGUGCUGCAUGAAGUGGCCCAUCAAUGGUUUGGCAAUCUGGUAACAAUGGAAUGGUGGACUCAUUUAUGGCUCAAUGAGGGUUUUGCGACAUGGAUUAGUUACAUGGCAACAGAUAAGUUGUUUCCUGAGUGGAAAAUAUGGACUCAGUUUCUUCAACUUACUUCCAGUGGCUUAGGUAUGGAUGCCUUAGAAGGAUCGCAUCCAAUUGAGGUAGAGAUAGAACAUGCUCGUUCAGUGGAUGAAAUCUUUGAUGCUGUCAGCUAUAAGAAGGGAUCUGCUAUCAUCCGUAUGUUGCAGGGCUAUCUUGGGGAUGACAUGAUCCAGUCCUUGAGUUCGUACAUGAAAAAAUAUGCCUGGGGAAAUGCAAGAACAGAAGAUUUAUGGAACAUUAUUUCAGAAGAAUCUGGUGUUCAAGUAAGCUCAAUGAUGGAUAGUUGGACAAAGCAAAAAGGAUAUCCAGUCAUCUCUGUGAAAUAUGAAGAUGGUUUUUUGGAAUUUGAACAGUCGCAAUUCCUCACAUCUGGUUUGCAUGGUAAAGGAAGAUGGAUUGUUCCAAUAACCAUGCUCCUUGGAUCUUACAACAGAGGCAAGAAUUUCCUGUUGCAGUUAAAAGCUGAAAGGGUGGACACAUCUGAUCUAAUUUCAUAUUCUGAUGGCAAGUCAAGCUCAUUAAAUGAAAACAAUAGAGAGAAAUUUGACAAACUUAUAUGGAUCAAAAUAAACAUAGAGCAGAGUGGCUUCUAUAGAGUAAAGUAUGACGAAGAACUUUCAGCAAGGCUGAGGAAAGCAGUAGAGCACGAUAGCUUGUCAGCAGCUGAUAAAUUAGGCAUUUUGGAUGAUACAUGUGCUCUUUGCGAGGCUUCUGAAAUAUCAUUAUCAUCUUUGCUUUCCUUGAUGGAUGUAUACAGAAAAGAACUUGAUUACAUUGUGGUGUCAAAACUCAUUGAUGUCUGUUACAAGAUUGUGGAGAUCUUUGUAGAUGCCUUCCCAGAUUCAGUGAAUGAGCUCAAAGCAUUUUUCAUUAAUCUCCUCCUAUUUUCUGCUGAAAAAUUAGGCUGGGAGCCAAAAGCCGAAGAGAGCCAUUUAGAUGCUUUAUUAAGGGGAGAAAUCUAUAUUGCCCUGGCUACUUUUGGACAUGAUAAAAUGCACAAUGAAGCAUUGCGGCGAUUUCAGACACUGUUAAAUGAUAGAAACACUCCAUUUCUUUCAGUUGGCACAAGGAAGGCUGCAUACAUUGCUGUGAUGAGGAAUGCUAGCUCCACAAACAAGAGUGGCUUUGAGUACUUGUUGAAGAUUUAUAGAGAAGCUGAUACAGUGCAAGAGAAGGAGCAGAUUUUGAGUUGUAUAGCAUCUUGUCCAGACCCAGAAAUAGUGCUAGAGGCUUUAAACUUUAUGGUCUCUGAUGAGGUUCGAGAUCAGGACAUUAUCUAUGGACUUACUGGCAUAAGUUUGGAGGGCCGUGAAAUAGCUUGGAGAUGGUUGAAGGAGAACUGGGACAAAAUCUUGAGGAAAUAUGGUGCUGCGUUACUAAUCACCCAUUUCAUUAGAGAUAUUAUCUCACCAUUCUGCAGCAAUGAAAAAGCUGAUGAAGUGGAAGAAUUUUUUGCCACUCGUGCGAAUCCUUCCAUUGCUAUGAAUUUGAAGCAAAGCAUAGAGAAAGUGAGAAUCAAGGCAAGAUGGAUUGCAAGCAUAAAGCAAGAAAAUUCCCUUCAGGAACUAGUCAAAAAACUAGCCUGCAAAGCCUGUUAGAGUCUCCUACACUAUUAAAAAUACCACUAGUUUAUGAAGUUGUCCAUGUUAACAACAAUUCCUUUUUUUUUUUUAGUCUGAUUUCGACUAAAACUUAAACUCAGAUGUCAAAUAAUUUAUUUAUACAUUCCAUACCUA